AUGAACUCAAUAUCCACUAACGCAUCCUUUACAGAUAUUCGAGUUGUUAAAAUAUACUUUAAGAUUCAUUACAAUGCGGAAUAUGGAUAAGCAAUUUACUUAUGUGGAGACGAUGAACGAUUGGGAAUUUGGGAUUCUACUAAAGCAAUUAGACUCUAAUGGAAUCAGAAUAAUGAAUGGACAACCUGUCUAAAAUUGCCCAGAAUUUGCAAAACUUUUGAAUAUAAAUUCCUUUUGAAUGAUUAUAAUAAUCCAUCUCCCUAAAAAGAAUUAUGGGAACCAGGGGAAAAUCGCAUAAUUACAAAGCAUUUAUUAUUGAAUGGCAAGAAAGGGGAGUACUUUAAUUGUAAUAAGGAGUAUUGGGGAUUUCGAACAAUUAAAUUGAAACUUAAUCACAAUUUAUAGCCUGGAGAACGGAUGAUGAUUAUAGGUUCAAUCCCAGAGAUUGGGUCUUGGAAAACACCUGUUUUAAUGAAGUAACAAUAGAAGAUUGAUAUAUUAACAUAAGAGCCUAUUCAACAAUGGUCCAUUUCAUUCAUUGUAAAUCCUCUAAACUUUUAUUUCCGAUACUAUUACGUGAUUCGUAACGAUGAGUCUGGCAACAUGAUUUGGGAGAGAGGGAAUGGCCGUUACCUUAAAACUGCUGAUCUUUCUUCAAUCAGAUAAGUCCUUGACCAAUUUGCACUCCAUCCUAUCAAAGUCAAAACUCAAAUCUAUACAGCUUUUGAGUCAAGGACACAAAAGAGGAACGGCUCAUUUUAGGCAACUAAGAUACCAAAAUCAAAGAUGAAACUCAAUAAUUAGGGAUAUUAAUUUGCAGACAAGGAGCCUUCAUUCUUUUAUUAUGAAGAGUUUGGGAGGUUGAAUAAAUUGGAUUGGAAUUUUGUAGUUCAAUUCUAAACGUAUGAAAUCAAUGAAAACAUCAUGAUUGGUCCUUAUCCUCAAAAUGAAUAGGACAUCCUAAUGUUGAAAUAGAAAUAGGUGAAGGCAGUUCUCAACCUAUAAACUCGGCUAGACAUGUUUCAUAGGGGAGUGAACUGGGAGUAGAUUGUGGAUGCUUAUAAGCGUUAGAAAAUAGUGAUGAAAAACUAUUAGAUCUUUGAUAUGGAUGCAGAGGAUUUUGAAAAAAAAUCAAAUAAGGCUGUGUAAAUUCUAAGGAAGUUAAUUAAUGAAUAUGAAUAUGUUUAUGUCCAUUGUACUGCUGGGAUAUGGAGGGCUCCUUCGAUAGUAGUACUGUACUUGAGUUCAAUUCUGAAGUAUGAUUUAAAAGAAGCAAUCGAAUUAGUUAAAUAAAAAAGAUAAUAGUUUUAUGUCAAUUAUUCAAUGCUAAAGAGAUCAUUGUAGAAGACACUUGUAUUCAACCAUGGAUUGGGGUAUUAGAAUUUGGCAUCGACUUUAUGA